AUCUUACUGGAACUUGCAAGCCAGUCAGCGAGCUGUCUCACUGUCAGUGAAAAAAAUUUGCUUUUCUCUGCAAUUCCUGGUAUUUUUUGCACAAAAUGGCCCAAUACGUACCACGGGUUGGUCCCAGAGUAGCUUCUGCCCUUGGAAGAUGGGCUUACAACUGGUCAGGAUUCAAUCAAUACGGACUCUACCGUGAUGACAUCUUGUAUGAGAAUGACGAUGUCAAGGAGGCUGUUCGUCGCCUUCCCCCAAAACUCUACGAUGAACGCAAUUACCGCAUCAUCCGGGCUCUCCAGCUAUCAAUGUCCAAGACCAUCCUGCCAAAGGAGCAGUGGACAAAGUACGAAGAGGACGUCAAGUACCUCCAACCCUAUCUAGAGGAGGUGAUCCGGGAGAGACAGGAGAAAGAAGCCUGGAUGAAGGAGAAGUAAGAAAAAAAUAGAAUGGAAAAUUGAUGAAAUGAUGGAAGGUAAAUAAAUUAAUUAGGUAUAAA